AUGCUCAAAAAUUUUCUUCUGCUUGCUACUUUAAUUGGUGUAUGCUCAGCCUUGGAUCAAUCCUAUGCCGUUAAGGGAAAACUUCUAUGCGGUGCGAAGCCAGCUGCCAACGUUCGUGUCAAACUGUGGGAGGAGGACUCUGGACCAGAUCCUGAUGAUCUCUUAGCACAAGGAUAUACCGAUUCAAAUGGAGAUUUUAAAUUGGAAGGUGGCACCGCUGAAUUGACACCAAUCGAUCCAAUAUUCAAGGUCUACCAUGAUUGUGACGAUGGAAUUAAGCCAGGAUCACGUAAAGUCAAAUUCGGACUUCCAAAAUCAUAUAUUACAAAUGGAAAGAAAGCGUUGAAAACGUUCGAUAUCGGUGUUCUCAAUCUCGAGACAAUUUUCCCGGCUGAGGAACGCGAGAUGAUCGUAUCGAGAAGACGCAGAGAACUGGACCAACUCAUUGAUGAAGCCUUCGAGGGACUAUUCUAA